AUGGUGGCGGCGGCGGCGGCGACUGAGGCGAGGCUGAGGAGGCGGACGGCGGCGGCGGCGACGACGACAGCGACCACGGGCAGGGACGGCGGCGGGCCGCUCCGCGACAGGGUCGCCUCCCGAGCCGGGGGACCGGGGCUGGGGGCCGGGCUGCGCCUCCCGCGCCUGCUACUGCUGUUGCUGCUCCCGCCCCUGCUGCUGCUGCCCGGGGCUGCCGAGGCCGCGGCGGCGGCGGCCGUGGUGUCGGGCUCGGUCGCCACCGAGGCCAAGGAGUGCGACCGGCCGUGUGUCAACGGCGGCCGCUGCAACCCUGGCACUGGCCAGUGCAUCUGCCCUGCCGGCUGGGUGGGCGAGCAGUGCCAGCACUGCGGGGGCCGCUUCAGAUUAACUGGAUCUUCUGGGUUUGUAACAGAUGGACCUGGAAAUUAUAAAUAUAAAACGAAGUGCACAUGGCUCAUUGAAGGACAGCCAAAUAGAAUAAUGAGACUCCGUUUCAAUCAUUUUGCUACAGAGUGUAGUUGGGACCAUUUAUAUGUUUAUGAUGGGGACUCAAUUUAUGCACCACUAAUUGCUGCCUUUAGUGGCCUGAUUGUUCCUGAAAGAGACGGCAACGAGACUGUCCCUGAGGUUAUUGCCACAUCAGGUUAUGCCCUGCUGCAUUUUUUUAGUGAUGCUGCUUAUAAUUUGACUGGAUUUAAUAUCACUUACAAUUUUGACAUGUGUCCAAAUAAUUGCUCAGGCCGAGGAGAAUGUAAGAUCAACAACAGCAACAACACUGCUCAGUGUGAAUGUUCUGAAAACUGGAAAGGUGAAGCAUGUGACAUUCCUCACUGUGUAAAUAACUGUGGUUUUCCUCAUCGAGGCAUCUGCAAUUCCAGUGAUGUCAGAGGAUGUUUCUGCUUCUCAGAGUGGCAGGGUCCUGGAUGUUCAAUACCUGUACCAGCUAACCAGUCAUUUUGGACUCAAGAGGAAUAUUCUAACCCAAGGCUCCCCAGAGCCUCUCACAAAGCUGUGGUCAAUGGAAAUAUAAUGUGGAUUAUUGGAGGAUAUAUGUUUAACCACUCAGAUUACAGCAUGGUUCUAGCGUAUGACCUUGCUUCUAGGGAGUGGCUUGCACUGAAUCGUUCUGUGAACAAUGUGGUUAUUAGAUAUGGCCAUUCUUUAGCAUUAUACAAGGAUAAAAUUUACAUGUACGGAGGAAAAAUUGAUUCAACAGGGAAUGUGACCAAUGAGUUGAGAGUGUUUCAUAUUCAUAAUGAAUCAUGGGUAUUGUUGUCUCCGAAAGCAAAGGAGCAGUAUGCGGUUGUUGGGCAUUCGGCACACAUUAUCACGCUGAAAACGGGCCGAGUGGUCAUGCUGGUCAUCUUUGGUCACUGCCCUCUCUAUGGGUACAUAAGCAAUGUACAGGAAUAUGACUUGGAUAAGAAUACGUGGAGUAUAUUACAUACCCAGGGUGCCCUUGUCCAAGGGGGUUAUGGCCAUAGCAGUGUCUAUGACCACAGGACUAGAGCAGUCUAUGUUCAUGGAGGCUACAAGGCUUUCAGCGCCAAUAAAUACCGGCUCGCAGAUGAUCUCUACAGAUACGACGUGGACACCCAGAUGUGGACCAUUCUUAAGGACAGCCAAUUUUUCCGUUACUUGCACACAGCUGUGAUAGUGAGUGGAACCAUGCUGGUGUUUGGAGGAAACACACACAAUGACACAUCCAUGAGCCAUGGCGCAAAAUGCUUUUCUUCAGAUUUCAUGGCUUAUGACAUUGCUUGUGACCGCUGGUCAGUGCUUCCCAGACCUGAUCUGCAUCAUGAUGUCAACAGAUUUGGCCACUCAGCAGUCCUACACAACAGCACCAUGUAUGUGUUUGGCGGCUUCAAUAGUCUCCUCCUCAGUGACAUCCUGGUAUUUACCUCGGAACGGUGUGAAGCACACCAGAGUGAAGCUGCUUGUCUAGCAGCAGGACCUGGCAUCCGGUGUGUGUGGGACACAGGGUCAUCUCAGUGUAUUUCCUGGGAGUUAGCAACAGAAGCACAAGAAGAAAAGUUAAAAUCAGAAUGUUUUUCCAAAAGAACUUUUGCCCAUGACAGAUGUGACCAACACACGGAUUGUUAUAGCUGCACAGCCAACACCAAUGACUGCCACUGGUGCAACGAAUAUUGUGUCCCUAAGAACCACAGCUGCGCGGAAGGCCAGAUCUCCAUUUCCAAGUAUGAGAACUGCCCCAAGGAUAAUCCCAUGUACUACUGUAACAAGAAGACCAGCUGUAGGAGCUGUGCCCUGGACCAGAACUGCCAGUGGGAGCCCCGCAAUCAGGAGUGCAUCGCCCUGCCCGAAAAUAUCUGUGGCAGUGGCUGGCAUUUGGUUGUAAACAUGUGUUUGAAAAUUACUACGGCCAAGGAGACUUAUGACACAGCUAAAUUGUCCUGUAGGAACCACAAUGCCCUGUUGGCUUCUCUUACAACCCAGAAGAAGAUAGACUUUGUCAUUAAGCAGCUGCGAAUAAUGCAAUCAUCGCAGAGCAUGACGAAGCUGACCUUGACCCCAUGGGUUGGCCUUCGGAAGAUCAAUGUGUCCUACUGGUGCUGGGAAGAUAUGUCCCCAUUCACAAAUAGUUCGAUACAGUGGAUGCCAUUUGAGCCCAGUGAUGCUGGAUUCUGUGGAAUCUUAUCAGAACCCAGUACUCGGGGCUUGAAGGCUGCAACCUGCAUCAACCCACUCAAUGGUAGUGUCUGUGAAAAGCAUGCGAACCAUAGCACCAAGCAGUGCCGGGUGCCCUGUGCUUUGAGGACGGCGUGUGGAGAGUGCACCAGUGGCAGCUCCGAGUGCAUGUGGUGCAGCAACAUGAAGCAGUGUGUGGACUCCAAUGCCUAUGUGGCCUCCUUCCCUUAUGGCCAGUGUAUGGAGUGGUAUACCAUGAGCAGCUGUCCCCCUGAAAAUUGUUCAGGCUACUGUACCUGUAGUCAUUGCUUGGAGCAACCAGGCUGCGGCUGGUGUACUGAUCCCAGCAAUACUGGCAAAGGGAAAUGCAUUGAGGGCUCCUUUAAAGGACCAAUGAAGAUGGCUUCUCAGGCCCCUAUAGGAAAUUUCUACCCACAGCCCCUUCUCAAUUCCAGUAUGUGUUUGGAGGACAGCAGAUACAACUGGUCUUUUAUUCAUUGUCCAGCUUGCCAGUGCAAUGGCCACAGCAAAUGCAUUAAUCAGAGUAUCUGUGAGAAGUGUGAGAACCUGACCACGGGCAAGCAUUGCGAGACCUGCAUAUCUGGCUUCUAUGGUGAUCCCACCAAUGGGGGGAAAUGUCAGUUAUGUAAGUGCAAUGGUCAUGCAUCACUGUGCAAUACCAACUCGGGCAAGUGCUUCUGCACCACCAAGGGUGUCAAGGGGGAUGAGUGCCAGCUAUGUGAAGUAGAAAAUCGAUACCAGGGAAACCCUCUCAAAGGAACAUGUUAUUAUACUCUUCUUAUUGACUAUCAGUUCACCUUUAGCCUGUCCCAAGAGGAUGACCGCUAUUACACAGCCAUCAAUUUUGUGGCUACACCUGAUGAACAAAACAGGGAUUUGGACAUGUUCAUCAAUGCUUCCAAAAACUUCAAUCUCAACAUCACCUGGGCUGCCAGUUUCUCAGCUGGAACCCAGUCUGGAGAAGAGAUGCCUGUUGUUUCGAAAACCAACAUUAAGGAGUACAAAGAUAGCUUUUCUAAUGAGAAGUUUGAUUUUCGCAACCACCAAAAUAUCACUUUCUUUGUUUAUGUCAGUAAUUUCACCUGGCCAAUCAAAAUUCAGAUUGCCUUCUCCCAGCACAGCAAUUUUAUGGACCUGGUACAGUUCUUCGUGACCUUUUUCAGUUGUUUCCUCUCUUUGCUCCUGGUGGCUGCUGUGGUUUGGAAGAUCAAACAAAGUUGUUGGGCUUCCAGGCGCAGAGAGCAACUUCUGCGAGAGAUGCAGCAGAUGGCCAGUCGUCCCUUUGCCUCUGUAAAUGUUGCCCUGGAAACAGAUGAAGAGCCUCCUGAUCUUAUUGGGGGGACUAUAAAGGCUGUCCCCAAACCCAUUGCCCUGGAGCCAUGUUUUUACUACAAAGCUGCUGUCCUCUCUGCGUUUGUGAGGCUCCCUCGAGGCCUUGGUGGAAUCCCUCCUCCUGGACAGUCCGGUCUCGCAGUAGCCAGUGCCCUGGUGGACAUUUCUCAGCACUUGCCAGUGCUGUACAAAGAGAAGCUGGGAGCACUGAGAAACCGGAAGCAGCAGCCCCCUGCGCAGCCUGGGACCUGCAUUUGA